AUGCAUCUAGACAAGAUAAUAAUCAUCAGCGACGUUUUGGAGGAGGUCGCGGAAAAUCUCUUCAGCGCCAAGGCGUAUGAGACUCCGUCGGAUUCCGUGCGGGCUGAGGACCUGGUGAUGAAGCUUCCCGACUGGUUCGAUAAAAAGAAACAUGAACAAGGACGUGAAUUUAUCAAGAACUUCUUGUUCGGGCAAUCUGUAUCUAUGACACUGGGACUUAUAUCAGUGUUCUCGAUCCCCACAAUUCUAGAAGUACUGGUUGGAACGACCCGCUCCAACACAGAAAUUACAGCUUACAGACGCUACUGGUCUACAUUUUCACACAUAAUGUAUUGGUUCGAUGAUGAACUGAAGCCAGGGAGUAAAUCAUGGAAAUCACUUCACACAGUGCGCAGCCGCCAUGUUCGCGCUGACCGAGCAGCUAAAUUAAAGCGUCACGGAACUGUAUCUCAACGCGACAUAUCUUUAACUCUUUUCGGGUUUAUUGGCAUCACUGUUCUGAAACCUGAUAAACUGGGAAUAACACAGCUUAAGCCGGGCGAUUGGGAAGGGUUUAAUCAUUUCUGGGCAGUCCUUGGCGCUAUGAUUGGCUUAGAAGAUAAAUACAAUAUUUGCCGGAAAACCUUUGAAGAAACUCGUUUGAUGUGCAAAAUAAUCCAGGAGCGGAUAUACACACCGUGUAUGGAAAAUGUACCAGAAUAUUUUGAGCAUUCCUCUCGAGUCAUGCUCGAUGGAAUGAAUUCUGUUAAUCCAGCAAUAGAAGCGGAAUCUCUUAUGUUUAUGGCUCGAUAUGUUUCUGAUGUGCCCGGCUAUGUUUAUAAUGAACGUGACCUCUUUACACUUAGAGAUAAAAUAAAGAAGCAUCUGGAUGGAAAGCCACCUAAUACAGGUGUCGAUUCAGAAGAGUUAAUGGGAAAGUGUCCUUUAAAAUUGUCGAAAAGACCCCCUCGUCUAUUGUACCUGCAAGAUUACGAGACUGUUGAAAACUCCCCACCCUACAAACAACUGACCUUCAAGGGGAAAUAUAAGUUGGCCCUAAUGAACAUAUUCAUGAGUUUUUACUCAUGUUUCAUUGGCAGAGCUCUUUUGAACUUUCACUUUAAAUUCUAUAUUUUCCUUGGGAAAUAUUUGCCAUACACCGUAAUUUGGAGAUAUGGAUUUCAGCACGCAUACUCGGACAUAUUCAAAGAAGACCCCGCUGACCCUACACCUCCUAAGCCUAAUAGUGAAUAUUACAAACCAAAAAAGGAAACCUGGUACGAAGCGAUAUUAAGUAUACUGUGGUGAUAGUAUAAUUGUUGUCUAUUGAAAUGAACUUUUUUAGCUAAGGAUAGUUGGAACUUAAUGUUUGAAUAUGAUAAUUCAAGAAAAUAUAACAUAUUAAGUGUGCAAAACUAUACACCAAAUAUAACAUAAAAAUGCACCACAAACUACAUAUUUCAAAUUAUUACAAACGCAUGAGAGCGACUGUAAAGGGAAUUUUAGAUAAAAUAUAUACAUCACAAAUGUCGUUCUAACUUACUUCUUACAUAUAAUAAAAGAAAUCUAUUUUAUCUGCCUCGUUGAUGAAAGCAGUUUAAUAUUG